AAAGGAGAGGGAGCGUGCGGUCACGACAGACAAAGAAACCACGUCUUCUUCUUCGUAGGUUGCGUCGGUUGGUGUCUCAAAUUCUGCUAUUUCUUCUUCCCCUUUCAAUCGAGACUCUUCAGUUGCUUCUUUGUUUGUUCUUCUUGGGUGAGAUUGAGUGGUGUGAUGAGGACGCUGUGCCCUAAUCUGGACCGGGAAGAUGGGCUAGAGACGGUUCUAGAAGUCCCAAUCCCGGAGGAGAUGUUCCCGGCGAGCAAGAACAAGUCAUGGCAGGCGAUGAAGUGUUGGAUGAGACCCCAGACUGAGAAUUCCGGUCCCGGCGGCCGGAGCGCCGAGAUUCAGCUCUUGCUCAGCGUCGUCGGAGCUCCUCUCGUCCCCAUUCCGAUCCCCUCCCACCAGGCCUGCACCCCCGCCGGGAAAAUCAACGAUCAUCCCAUUGAGGCGUCGAUGGCGAAGUACAUAGUGCACCAGUACAUAGCGGCGGCGGGAGGGGAGACUGCGAUGAAUGCCAUUGACAGUAUGUACGCAAUGGGGAAGGUGAAGAUGGCGGCGUCGGAGUUUAUAUCCGGCGAUGGAUUGGGCCCCAACGUGGACGGCGGCAGGGUGAUGAAGAUCAAGAGCGUGAGAAAUGGGGCGGGUGAAGUUGGAGGGUUUGUUCUGUGGCAGAGGAGACCUGGGCUAUGGAGUUUGGAGCUUGUGGUUUCAGGCUGUAAAAUCAGCGCAGGCUGCAACGGCAAGCUGGCUUGGCGGCAAACUCCAUGGCAGAACUCCAACGCCUCCCGCGGCCCGCCUAGACCUCUUCGCCGCUCCUUGCAGGGUCUUGAUCCAAGAUCAACAGCAAACCUGUUCUCAAACUCAAUCUGCACCGGCGAGAAGACGGUGAACGAGGAAGACUGCUUCGUGUUAAAGGUGGAAGCAGAAGGCCCAAGCCUGAAAGCAAGAAGCAGCAGCAACGUGGAGAUAAUCCGGCACACGCUGUGGGGAUAUUUCAGCCAGAGAACAGGGCUGUUGGUCCAGCUGGAAGACUCUCAUCUUCUGAAGAUCAAAUCCCCCGCCGGAAACAUCUUCUGGGAGACGACGAUGGAGUCGGCGAUCCAAGAUUACCGCACCAUCAACGGCGUCAACAUCGCCCACGCCGGCAGGACCGCCGUGUCGCUGUCCAGGUUCGGGGAAAACGAGGACGAGGCCGAGGCGGCGGAGGGGAAGACGAGGACGAGGAUGGAGGAGGUGUGGAGCAUCGAAGAAGUGGAUUUCAAUAUCAAGGGCUUGUCCAUGGACUGUUUCUUGCCUCCCAGUGACUUAAACAAGGAAGAUGAAACUCCGGCGGCCAAGAUGGGGAACCGGCUUCUUCCGGCCACGAAACUCCGCCCGAUUACUGCUAAAUUGAGCUCCGGAAAAGGGGUCAAGAUCGUUGCCAUUGAUGAAGAAGAUCAAUAAUAAUAGCUAGCAAAUUUAACAGCUUUAUAAGAUGAUCUUGAAUUUAUUAUCUCAUCUGCUCAUUUUUGUACAUACAGACCGUAGAGACAUUUCACAUAUAUAU